AUGAAAAAUCACUUGACAGAAAGAAACAACUGCAUCGUUCUCAAAAUUGAUACUCAUAUGAGCAAAGUGGAAGACAUGUCCCCAUUUGGUUUUCAUUUUGAAUUCGAUGCCAAGAAGUAUAAGGAACGGAAAAAGCAGAUACGAAAACAGAAGAUUACUCGGUUUUUUGCUUGGCUUGCAUAUUACCACCACAAAUUUGGAAUCCGACAUAUUACUUUGGUUUCAUUAUUGAUUGGAUAUGUAUUUCUUGGAGGAAUUAUGUUUCAAAAUUUGGAGUCACCGAGGGAGUUAGAGGAACUGAAAGAAACUAUUGUUUUAAUGCAAGGAAUUAUUACGGAAGAAACAUCAGAUAUCAUAAAUGUCACACUGAGUACAAAUGGAACAGACCGGAAUAAUAAACUCGGAAAAUUAAUAAAAAGGUAUUAUAAGACAAUGUUGGAAGCAGAAGGAAGAUUUCAUGGAAGUGUUUGGCAUAAAGCGGAAAAUCUGGAUAUGCAUUUGAUGUGGUAUUUCUCCUCUGCAACGUUCUAUUCAAUGACGUUAUUCUCAACAAUUGGAUACGGUACCAUUUCUUGCCAAACAUUUUGGGGACGAUUGUUAUCUAUCAUUUAUGCAUCACUUGGUCUACCAAUAAUGCUUGUUGUACUCGGUGAUAUAGGUGAAUGGUUUCAAAAAAUACUAACUGGAGGCUAUGUGUACUUGCUUUUUAAAUAUAAACAAUUGCGGAAACAACCAAUCAAGAGGAAAAAGAAUGAUAUAUUGCUACCCAUGUGGCUUGCUCUAUUACUUGUAUUGGGGUACAUUUUGAUUUGUACAUUGACAAUUAAAAUGUUUGACCACAACGAAGGAAAUAAACCUGGAAUUGGCUUUUUUGAUGCAUUCUACUUCACAUUCAUUAGUUUGACAACUAUUGGGUUAGGAGAUGUUAUGCCUUAUAAUAUUCAGUAUUCGCCGUUCCUGGCUGCUGCUUUCCUUUUGGGUCUUGCACUCAUUUCAAUUGUCAAUACAUCUAUAUAUGCCCAAUUGUACCGGAUGUUCUUUAGUUUAAUUAACAAUGUUGAAGAUAAAUUGGAUAGAAUUCACAGUUCCAGUCACAAAGGUCCUGGCUAUAGGGUGUUCCAGGAUAUGGAACCGGUAAUUCGUAUGUUAGUAUGUACCUUCCCUCCGUCACAUCCACAAACUCGAAUCAAAUUUGCAACCGUAGUUCGCGACUCCUUCAGAAGAGAAAAAGAUAAAAAACGGGAGAGCAACACGAGUGACCAAAUUAAAUUGCGAACAAGAACCGAAUCGGAUAUACCCGCACACGAUGGAUUCCACCUUUGGAUGGCGAAACGAGCCAAAAAACGAGAGCAGGACGCUCAUCACGAAGACGAAGAUGCAGCUGCGGCAGCACGAAGACGUGCACCGACAUUAGGAGCAUUUGGUGGUUUUGAUUUGAAUCUGUUUAGACCAAGAGGACGCGCCAACACCUCUCCGUUCCGACGGAAUGAAUCCGAAGAAACAGAGGAAAGUGAUGUUGAGUGA